AAGCACAAAACUGGUUUCACACAGCAACAGCAAAAGUCCAUGUCAAGCAAACACUCCUCCCUAUUCACUAAAACAAACAGUCAGUCAAGACCUGACUCAGAUUGUACAUACAUUCACAGAGGCAUAGAGAAAUCUAAUCCUCCUCUUGAAGGAUAAGGCAAAAUGGUAUCCCAGAGACUUCAAAUCCUGGGCCUCGUUCUGGCACUGAUUGGCUUUGUGGGCACCAUCGUCAUCUGUGGUUUACCAGCAUGGAAGAUGUCGGCUUUCAUCGGAGCCAACAUUGUGAUUUUCCAGGUCUACUGGGAAGGCUUAUGGAUGGAUUGCGUGGUUCAAACCACAGGCCAGAUGCAGUGUAAGGUCUAUGAUUCCCUCCUUAUUCUUCCUGUACAUCUGCAGGCAGCUCGAGCCUUGAUAGUCGUCGCCCUUGUUGUUGGAAUCUUUGGAAUUAUCGUCACCAUCAUCGGCGGCAAAUGCACCAGUUUUGUACAGGAUGAGAGUGCUAAGGCUAAGAUCUCCAUUGCUAGUGGGAUCAUCUUCAUCAUCACAGGGAUUGUCGUUCUUAUUCCUGUGUGCUGGACUGCAAGCGCUAUUAUCAGGGACUUUUACAACCCUGCCAUCACGGAUGCCCAAAGGAGGGAACUGGGACCCUAAUUUACAACUGGAAGGGUGUCCAAGGGGAUACACUUGUUGGGCAGUGGUCUUGCCCUGCUUGGCUGGGUGGGCGUCCUUCUCUCCUGCAUCAUACCAAUGUGGCGUGUGACUAGCUUCGUGGGUGCAACCAUUGUUACCUCUGAGGUCAUGUGGGAGGGCAUCUGGAUGGCCUGUGUGGUGCAGAGUACAGGUCAGAUGCAAUGUGACCCUUAUGACUCCAUGCUGGGGCUCAGCUCUGAUCUGAAGGCAGCUCAGGUCCUUACAGUAGGAUCGCUUCUGACUGGCUCACUGGGUCUCAUACUGGCCUUCAUUGGAGGAAAAUGCACUCGUUUUCUCGACUACGGUGGUGGAGCUGCAAAAGGUAGAGUUGCCACUGCUGCUGGCGUGGCACUGAUCAUUAGUGCCCUGCUCUGUCUGAUUCCUGUCACAUGGGUUGCUGUCGCUGUGGUCCAGAUCUUUUACAACCCGCAAAUAAUUGACGCCCAGCGCAGAGAGAUUGGUUCAGCUAUCUACAUUGGCUGGGGCGCUUCCAUCCUUCUCUUAUUGGGUGGUGGUAUGCUCUGUAGCACUUCCUGUUCCCAGAAGGCAGAAGAAGACAGCCCUUCAGUCAACUACAGGGUUGUAUGUUCAUCUGAAGCUGGAUCUAGCGUCAGAAGUUCAAGGCAGGUCCGAGUCCACAGUCCAAGCCAGAGCAGAAAGAUACUGGCAAAGUCUGAGAGCAGUGACGGAGCUCCAGUCAAUCAGCAGCAGCACAAAACAACCUCUGAAGAAUCCAAGAAGAGCAAGACAUCAACCGCAAUGAUACAGUCUGAGCAAAGUGAUGGGCCAUCUACAAAGUCCCAGCUGAAUCACACAGGCCCUGAUCACAGCCUGGGAUCUUCUGAAAGUGAGGCUGCUUCUGCAUGUCCUGAGAAGACCUACAUAUGAUCUGGAAAGACCCUGCAACAGCAUCUUCCUAUGCAUCAUAGACAUAUUCAAACAGGGAUUUUAAUGAAGAUAUAAUCACAAAAUUGGACAUUCUAAUAAAGCAUUGUGUAUUAAUUUGCACCAUUGAUGGCAUUUCACAAGUCUUCACUGGUACCUCAGGGUGUAUUGAGAUAUCUUGUUAUUAAUAUGUCAUUAAUUAACUUCUACAUUUGUAACCAAGAUAGAUGCUAAAGCAACAACAUAUACACAGUGAAUUCAGCUCAAAGAUUUUCAAGUUGAAUUGAUAACUAGACAGAUUUCUUAAAAGAAGGUAUGACGCAAAUGUUAAAUGUCCAUUAACAGUCCGUUAACAAAUGUUAAAUGUCCGUUAACAUUAAUUAAUUAUGGCAUAUUUGGGGCCGCCACCAGUACACUGUGUGGUGUAUGUGUGUGUGUCUGUGUGUGUGUGUGUGUGUGUAUGUAUAUAUUCUUUUCUGAUUUAAUGCAGCAAUUUUCAUUCCAAAUUAUAUUACUGACAACAAGUGAAAAGACAAGUUAGAAGAAUCUUUGAAAUAUUUACAUGAAUUUCAGAGUUUCUUAGUAUUUGGUCUGUUGCCUUUUUGCUUGAAUGACAUUGUGAACUCAGGCUGGCAUGGACUCCACAAGUCUGUGCAAAACAUUACGAUCCAUUUUAGAUCAAAUCCAUGCUUCAAUAGAAGAGAUUAGACAUGACGAAAAUCUGACCUUUUGUACAAAGCAGUUAACAUGGUCAGUAUCACAUAUUUGCUUACAUUUAUAUAGAGA